AUGCCAAGCAGCAAGGGGUACUCCUACAACAGCUCUGGGUCCAACAGCCAGGGUAACCACUACUGUGCCCGCGACUACGGCAGCAGCAGCUCUUCAAACCCCAACUCAUACCAGUAUACCAACACGAACGGGUCAUUUCACUACUCGACUCUGAAAGGCGACAAGUAUCAAAACGACAGCAACACCUCGGCUAGCGGAUACCGAACGUGCUCCGGGUACGGCAAAAAGUAA